CAACUCUUGUUUAACUUUGUACUAUAUAUAGCUGUUCAUUUGCUUCAAAUAAAGAUAUCGGAGUGAGAGUUGAUUCUCACUAUAGCUUCACUACUACGAUUAGAGUUAGCCACUAGAGGAUCUAUAUUCUCACAGCCCCCGCCCCCUACGGCUAGUCCGGUUAGUUUUCUAGAAGAAAGUCUAAAAGUCUAAAAAGUCUAAAUUGCCGUUCACCACCAUAACAUCUACAACAUCCAAAAUUUGCACCAUCACACCUUGAUGUUUAUUAUUGAUUAUUGGUUGCAUAAUUGGUCUUACUUAUUGCAUACCAAUAGCGACUAAUGAUGAUGAAUAUUCAAAAACAUUAUUAGAAACACUGGAAUUAUUUGAUAAAAUGGGUAUAGAAAAAAUAUUUAAUACGGCUAUGGAACUUCCUUUAUCACAAUCACCACUUAUAACGAGUGAUAUGGAAAAUAAAAUAAAAGAAUUUAUCCAAAAAUAUUUUUCAUUUAAUCAUAUUAAAAUGGAUUUAGCUAAAAUGUAUAUGGAUCAUUUUAACUCACGAGACAUUCAGCACUAUACAGAAUUUUAUUCAACAGAUUUUGGUCAAAAGCUCGCUCAUGCAGAGACAAUAAUUGCUGAACAAUUACAAAUAAUGACACAACAAUUACUGCAAAAACACGCAUCAGAAUUACAGACAAUAUUGUCACAACAAAACGAUGAUGAGCGUUGA